AUGAUACAGUCUAGACUUGUCCAAUUGUCUAAACGGACUGAAGUUCGUUGGCUUUCAAGUUUCCUGGCACAAUUUUCGCAUUCGCACGUCCCGCACCUCCACAAGGCAUUAACAAUUACAACGACAGCCACCAACAAGAAUAUAAAAAGAUUUCAAUUGCCAUCAUUUCAAAAAAAAUCAAUUACACCAAAUUUCAAUAACUCAAUUGGUGUUAUCAAAUCAUUCCAACGUUCUUACUGUAUGUGUCGUCGUCAUAAUUCAAUUGGAUCUGCUCAAGUAGUUCCACAAGAUAGAGAAGUUUUACCUACAAAUGUUAAACCCCUUCAUUAUGAUUUAACUUUAGAACCAAUCUUUGACAAUUUCACUUUUAAAGGUGAAGAAACAAUUGAUUUCCAAGUUAAUGAAAGAACUGAUUAUAUCACUUUAAAUUGUUUAGAUAUUGAAAUUCAAACUGCUAAAAUUGAUGAUGUUGAAACUAAAGAUAUCAUUUUUGAUGAUGAUAAACAAACUGUUACUUUUAAAUUUAAAGAUCAUUUAGUUGAAGGUGCUAUUGCUAAAUUAUAUCUUAAAUUCACGGGUGAAUUGAAUGACAAGAUGGCUGGUUUCUAUAGAUCUUCUUAUCAAGAAGAUGGAAAGACUAAAUAUUUAGCUACUACUCAAAUGGAACCAACUGAUUGUCGUAGAGCUUUCCCAUCUUAUGAUGAACCUUCUGCAAAGGCCAAAUUUACCAUUUCCCUUAUUUCUAAUCGUGAUUUGGUUUGUUUAUCCAAUAUGGAUGAAAACACAACUGAAUUAAUUGAAGGUAACAAGAAGAUUGUUUCUUUCAAUACUACUCCAUUAAUGUCAACUUAUCUUGUUGCUUUCAUUGUUGGUGAUUUGAAAUAUGUUGAAAGUCAUGAUUUCCGUGUUCCAAUUAAAGUUUAUGCUACCCCAGGUUCUGAACAUUUAGGUCAAUAUUCCGCUGAUAUUGCUGCUAAAACUUUAGCUUUCUUUGAAAAGAAAUUCGAUAUUCCUUAUCCAUUACCAAAAUGUGAUAUGGUUGCCAUUCAUGAUUUCUCAGCUGGUGCUAUGGAAAACUUUGGUUUAAUCACCUACAGAACUGUUGAUUUAUUAUUAGAUCCAGAAAAUACCAACGUUAAUACCAAACAAAGAGUUACUGAAGUUGUUAUGCACGAAUUAGCUCAUCAAUGGUUUGGUAAUUUGGUUACUAUGGAUUUCUGGGAUGGAUUAUGGUUAAAUGAAGGUUUUGCCACUUGGAUGUCUUGGUAUGCUUGUGAUUCCUUAUAUCCAGAUUGGAAAGUUUGGGAAUCUUAUGUUUCUGAUUCCUUACAACAUGCUUUAACUUUAGAUGCUUUAAGAGCUUCUCAUCCAAUUGAAGUCCCAGUCAAGAGAGCUGAUGAAAUUAAUCAAAUUUUUGAUGCUAUUUCUUAUUCCAAGGGUUCUUCUUUAUUAAAGAUGAUUUCAAGAUGGUUGGGCGAAGAUACCUUUAUUAAAGGUGUUUCUAACUAUUUAAAGAAACAUAAAUGGGGUAACACUCAAACUUCUGAUUUAUGGGAAGCUUUAGCUGAAGCUAGUGGUAAAGAUGUGGUUAAGGUUAUGGACAUUUGGACCAAGAAUAUUGGUUUCCCAGUAGUUAGAGUUGAAGAAGUUGCUACUAAUGAAAUUAAAGUCACUCAAAAUCGUUUCUUAGCUACCGGUGAUGUUAAGCCAGAAGAAGAUGGUGUCUUAUAUCCAGUCUUUUUGGGUUUAAAGACCAGUCACGGAUUAAAUGAAUCAUUAGUUUUGAAUGGUAGAUCUGCCAAUUUCAAACUCCCAACUAAUGAUGACUUCUUUAAGAUCAACGGUGAUCAAGCUGGUAUUUACCGUACUGCCUAUGAAUCUUCUCGUUGGACUAAAUUAGGUAAAGCUGGUGUUGAAGGAAAACUUUCUGUUGAAGAUCGUGUUGGUUUAGUUGCCGAUGCUGGUUCUUUAGCAUCUUCUGGAUUUAUUGAAACUUCAAGUUUAUUGGAUUUAGUUAAAUCUUGGUCCAAGGAAUCAAAUUAUGUCGUUUGGGAUGAAAUCUUAACUAGAAUCGGAUCCAUUAAAGCUGCAUUCAUGUUUGAAGAUGAAGCCACUAAGGAAGCAUUAAAAGCAUUCACAAGAGAUUUAAUUGGUGAAAAAUUGAAUCAAAUCGGUUGGGAAUUUUCUGAAAAUGAUUCAUUUGCCGAUCAACAAUUGAAAUCUUCCUUAUUUGCAUCUGCUGUAAAUGCUGAAGAACCAAAUACUGUUGCAUUUGCCAAGAAGGCAUUUGCAGCAUUUGUUGCUGGUGAUAAAAAGGCUAUUCAUCCAAAUUUAAGAGCUUCUAUCUUUAAUGUCGUUGCCAAGAGUGGUGAUGAACAAACUUUUGAUCAAUUGUAUAAUAUUUACAGAAACCCACAAUCUAUUGAAGAAAAGAUUGCUGCAUUAAGAUCUUUUGGUAGAUUCGAAAAUGAAGCCGUGUUGGAUAAAGUAACUGCAUUAUUAUUACAAACCGAUAUUGUCAAACAACAAGAUAUCUAUAUUCCAAUGCAAGGUUUAAGAGCUCACAAGGUUGGUAUUCUCAAAUUAUGGGAUUGGUUAACUGUUCAUUGGGAUAAGGUUUAUGAAUUAUUACCACCUGGUUUAUCUAUGUUAGGUUCGGUUGUCACUUUGGCUACUUCUGGUUUCACUAGACCUGAACAAAGAGAUGAAGUUGAAAAAUUCUUUAGUACUAAGAAUACUAAGGGUUAUGAUCAAGGUUUGGCUCAAUCUUUGGAUAUCAUUGCUUCUAAGGGUAAAUGGGCUUCUCGUGAUGCUGAAACCAUUUCCAAGUGGCUUGCUGCUAAUGGUUACACCAAAUAA